UAACAGCUUUUAAACUUUGUAUACAUUAUCCUUUGUUCCCUUUUUGUCGCCUCUCACUGUCUAGUUUAUUUGUUGCUCCAGUUUUUAGGAUUAAGAUGCAGAAGGUAAAAUGUUCGAAGUUGCCAGUGUCAGAUUGCUAACUUAACCAGACAGUUAACUGAGGGUGGAGUUAGUUUGGCAGAAUGAGAAUAGAACACUUUAACAACAACAACAGGCUCGUUGUGGCAGCUGAGAUGAUCCACAGUCUGUUCCUGAUUAAUCACUCAGGAGACAUCUUCCUGGAGAAACACUGGAAGAGUGUCAUCAGCCGGAGUGUGUGUGAUUACUUUUUUGAGGUGAAGGAGAAGGCAGUGGAGCCGGAGAAUGUGCCCCCAGUCUUACAGACCCCACACCACUAUCUCAUCACCAUCUACAGGGGCAAACUCUUCUUCCUCUCUGUCGUUCAGACUGAAGUCCCUCCACUGUUUGUCAUUGAGUUCCUACACAGAGUGGCAGACACAUUUCAGGACUACUUUGGAGAAUGCUCUGAAGUUGUAAUCAAGGACAAUGUGGUGACGGUGUACGAGCUGUUGGAGGAGAUGCUGGACAACGGCUUUCCACUGGCAACAGAGUCCAACGUCCUCAAAGAGAUGAUCAAGCCCCCGACCAUCCUGCGAUCAGUCGUCAAUACGCUCACAGGAGGGAGUAAUGUUGGUGAUAUGCUACCAGUGGGUCAGUUGUCCACUAUCCCAUGGAGGCGGGCUGGUGUUAAAUACACCAAUAAUGAGGCGUAUUUUGAUGUCAUAGAGGAAAUAGAUGCCAUUCUGGACAAAUCAGGCACAACAGUAUUUGCAGAGAUCCAGGGUGUAAUUGAAGCCUGUGUGAGGCUCACUGGGAUGCCUGACCUGACUCUGUCCUUUAUGAAUCCUCGUCUUCUUGACGACGUGAGUUUCCACCCGUGUGUGCGAUUUAAGCGCUGGGAGUCGGAGCGUGUCCUCUCAUUCAUCCCACCAGAUGGAAACUUCACACUCAUGACCUAUCAUGUCAGCUCUCAAAAUCUUGUGGCCAUUCCAGUAUAUGUGAAGCAGAGCAUCAGUUUCUUUGAGACAGGAACUUGUGGUCGCUUGGACAUCACGAUUGCACCCAAACAGACCAUGGGGAAGACAGUGGAGGGUUUGGUGGUCACUGUCCACAUGCCUAAAACUGUGCUCAGUGUCAACCUCACAGCCACACAGGGAAACUGCACCUACGACCUCACUACCAAGGUGUUAGUUUGGGACAUUGGAAAACUGAAUCCACAGAAGCUUCCUAACCUGCGAGGCAGUCUGAGUAUGCAGGCAGGAGCCCCCAAACCUGAAGAGAACCCCACACUCAACAUUGACCUGAAGAUACAGCAGCUGGCCAUAUCAGGUCUCAAGGUGAGCCGACUUGACAUGUAUGGAGAGAAAUACAAGCCGUUUAAAGGGGUCAAAUAUGUGACAAAAGCGGGAAAAUUCCAAGUGCGAACCUAAGCAAUGACUGUCACAAGCCAAAGGUCAACAAUCCAAUGUGCCAAAUAGGUGGUGAGCUAGCAUCUUGCUAAGUCAGCUCUCCAAAAAGUCAUACACAUCCUCUGGCUCAUUGUGAUUGAUGAAUGAGUUUGCAUUCUAACACUUAUUUAUUAUGUGUUUGGCAUUACAUAUAUGUGACUGGAUAGUAUUUGUAGCCUGUAAAAGGAAGCCUUAAUAAUUAAUGUGACCAUGCUGAAGUGCUCUUAGUUUCUAUCCAGUUUAAAUGGGCUUUAUUGAAUGAACCAUUCCUCUUUGUAUUUUGGACUAAUUCUGAACAUGUUUUUCCUUUGUUUUAAUCUAACACCUUCUGAGUGUAUUCCUAAGGGGAAUAUUUUGGUUUGAAAAGGGACACUCACAGCGCCUUGCUCCUCACUACUUGCUUCAUCACACGUAUACAGUCUUAACUGCAUGUAACCUUGAGAGUAAGCAACCAUGCCUCUGCAAACCUUUUUUAAUAUAAAAUAAGGUAGCCAAGUUUUAUACUUAUAUAUGUUUAUUUAAAAAAACAUUAAGGUAGUAUCUACUUUCUGAGUAGCUGCAGUGCAUCUUGAGGUCUUUUGUGCAGCUGUUUUUUGCACACAUUAACUCUUUAAUGUGCCCUUGUAAGUUUAGGUUGAAGUGCUUUUUAAAGCACAUACUACAGCACAAACUGUGUGUUUUGGAGGCCUGAGGGAAAUGCGUCUUAUAUCUAGGGUGCACAGUUUGAAUUAGGGAGCGUUCACAACCAUUCUCAGGGCCUAUAAAUGAGCUAGUGAUUGAGGCAGCCUGUUGGGAGCAGUUGUGUUAAAAGCACUCAGAAAUCACCAAGAUCCUCACAUAACUUAUAUGCAACUUCUUUACUCAGCACAGCAUUUGCACAAUCAUUUGUCCAUAUCAAAAAUACUAAGAGUUCUUGUACAAAGUUGAGCCUGUAUUAUAACAUAUAAGAUGUCUGAUAAAACCUAUAAAACUC